AUGAGCACCAACUUAUAUUUGUCGGCGUUGUUGGGUGAGCAUCACAAGAUUGGUCCGUUCAUGCCUGUGCUUCCUCGUACCUAUCGGCUGCUGAACCAAGUUGCAAGUUUGCCUCACCACAUAGCCCACAGACCCCACCCACCUCUCCCACCAACCUUUGUCCGUCCUCCUCCUCCUACUCUGCAUCUCUGCCUCAUGCUUUCAUCCUCAUCACUCAGCAGUCACCACACCAGCCACUGUCCUCCUCAUCCUACUUCAACUGUCGAGUUGCUGAUCCUUCGCGAGUUGAACUCGCUCUCUUGCCGUGCCUUUCACUUACGUGCUCGAUCUCUUCUUAAGACAAGACUAUUGCCGGCGCCAAUUCGUUCUGCUGGUAAAAGCCGAAAGGCUAAUGUCAGACUAAGGGCUAGAAACCUUGUACAGUCGAAAGAGCCUAAUCCGAUGAACAAAGAAGGUCAACAGAAGCCCAAUCCAAUCCCCAGCGAUACAGUCAACUUGCUUGUGAUCGACGUGGAGUGCGGAAAGCCGUUUGAUAUAUAUCAUUUCAGAUCGGCCUUCGGGAAUUGUUAUCAGCUCUCUCGUUGCUAG